AUGGCUGCAAUCCUGGCAUUUGUGGGGGAGCAAGGUGGGAGACAACCAAACAAGUUUGAGGCUAGCCUGGGUUACAUGACUCAAACAAACAACUUAACAACAAAGCCAAGCACCCAGCUGAGUUUGAGCCAGUGCUUUUUUCCAGAAUCCUGUAAGGGAAUUAUAGGAGGAAAUGAGGUCCCAUCCCACGCCAGACGCUAUAUGGCUCUCAUCAAAGGACUGGAAAUCUGCGCAGGGGCUUUGAUCAAUGAAAACUGGGUCCUGACCGCUGCUCACUGUGACCUGAGAGGCAAGCCUCAAGUUAUCCUUGGUGCCCACUCUGUAGCUCAGAAAGAGAAACUUGAACAGAUGUUUUCCAUUAAGAGGGCAAUUUCCUACCCGUGCUAUGACCCUGAGACAUUUCAAGGAGAUCUGCAACUCCUUCAGCUGGAUGGUAAAGCAGCUAUCACCAAAGCGGUGGGAAUCCUUCGCCUCCCGGCAAGAGGCGAGGAUGUGAAACCCCACACCAAGUGUCAUGUGGCUGGAUGGGGGAGCACCAAAAGAGAUUCUUGCAAGGUUUCCAACAUCUUGAGAGAAGUCAAUGUCACCGUGAUCGACCGAAGAGUCUGCAACAACCCAAAGCAUUACGCUUUCAAACAGUUGGUGGACAACAGCAUGCUUUGUGCAGGCGGCAGGAAAGGGGAAGACGAUUCGUGCAGUGGGGAUUCUGGAAGUCCUCUAAUAUGUGAUAACAUUUUCAGGGGUGUCACUUCCUUUGGGAAAUGUGGUGACCCCAAGAAGCCUGGUGUCUACAUUCUUCUUACAAACAAAUAUCUCAACUGGAUACAGAAAACCAUUGCGGGAGUUAUGUAA